AUGGCCGAACCAACAGAGAAACCGGUCGUCAUGCUACUCUCUCUCAAGGGCGAGCCGCACUUUGACACGAUGUACAGCAAUCUCCUCGCCCAUCUCAGCACCAACGCCCGUAUCAAGGCGUCCAACAGCGCAUCCGCAACUCUCGACCACCUCGCCGCCAACCAGCCGGCUGCCAUCUUGAUCACCGAUGCCGCGUUAGUAGGCGGCGCCGCCCCCAGGAGCGACGCGUUCGCGUCUGUCCUCGAGAAGCUCAACGGCUACGUGCGGGCCGGCGGCACGGCCAUCUUCUGCUGCCAUUUCGCCAGCUACGCUCCUCCCGUGGACGGCGCUCUCGACGGCUUCUUCGCCGACGCCUUCGGGCUGCCCUGGCGGCGCGGCAGUUACUAUCGCACGACGUUUGCGCUGAAUGCGGCUGCGGCGAGACACGUGGGCCAAGCGCAGCAGCGGCGGCGGCGCUUGGCGGCGGCGUACAGCCAGAAGGCGGUGCAUCUGCGGGAUGUGGAGAGUGCGCAGGCUGUGUACUUGCCCACGGCGGAGAGUAAGCUCGAGAGUCUUGUCUUCACCGCGGAGAGUAUUGAGGAUCGCGAGCAGACGCCUGUUGCGUGGGCGAGGGUGGGGGAGGGCUGGGUGGGGUAUGUUGGGGAUGUCAAUGCGGAGGAGGAGAGUGAUGAGGUUAUCCUCGCUAUGUGCGGCUUGUAA